AUGUGCGGCUACUUCUUCAACAGUACCAACAAUGGUCCCGCGAUGAUGACCGGCUACGCCAUCAACGCCAACGGUUCCGCCCCGAACGAGGUCCUCAUUAUGAGGACAAUUCCAGGGCUUUCCAUUUACGAGAGGAAGUCCUUAUCUUCCAAUGUAUCGACUAACUUCCCGCACAUCCGCAAACCGAUCACAGACGUGGUAGUUGUUUCCUCAGCAGAUGGCACAACCGCUUCUGUGCACAAGAAAGCGCCGCCGAUAGCAAACGAGUGCCUCCUAUAUUGGUGCGUCAGAGCCAUCGAAUCCUCUCAUUAUGAAGGUGCCUACCACGAGGAGAUGUUGGAAACGCGCACGAACACCACCUUUGCGGAGAGAGUCUGGGUGAUUCAAGAAGUCGAACCCAUGUUCCAAAACGGAACUGCGAUUGAUUACACGGAGAAUGUCGCCAUCCAAACAGAAGAGUCACUCAACGGCAAGAUCAUUGAUUUCAGCCUGUCCAAUGCCUCUGCCUACGCACAUAUGAUGCCGUUCGAUGAUGUGUUUCCCGCAUACUACACAGUCUAG